AUGUUCCCUGAGACUGAGGGAUUCCUUGUAGCUAUACAGGACCAGGUCAUUCCUACCAACAAUUACAAGAGGUUCAUACUUAAGAACUUGCAACAGUCUGAUAAAUGCAGGUACGGCUGUCAGGACUCCGAAACAAUACAGCACGUAACUGGUGGAUGCCAAGCAUUCGCUCCAACGGACUAUAAGGAGCGCCACGACAUAGCUGCCAAAAUCAUUCACCAGGAGUUGGCAUACAAAUUCAAACUGAUCGAAUGCAAGCUACAGUACUACAAAUAUACACCGCAAUGUGUCCUCGAGAACGACAAGUAUAAACUAUACUGGGAUCGCACUGUGCUUACGGACCAAUACAUAAAACAAAACAGACCUGACAUAAUCAUUGUCGACAAGGACGCCCAGAAAGUAACACUGAUUGAUGUGGCCAUACCUAAUAGUAACAAUUUAACAUACAAACAUAAUGAGAAAGUUGCAAAAUACAGGGAGCUAGAAUUUCAAAUUAAACGCCAGUGGAAAAUGAAGUACGUGGAAACAAUACCAAUAAUAAUGUCAUCUACAGGGGUGAUACCAAGAAGGCUGCUAGAAAACAUCAAAGCGCUGGAACUGAGUGAAAACAUUUACAAAAUCAUACAGAAAGGAGUUUUGCUGGCAACUGCCCGCAUAGUAAGAAAUUUAUGGGAAUGCAAGUACUAG